AACACAGCAGUUUGGUUUUCUGCCUGAAACUGGUCAGCUGAAAUCCCACUGGACUACCACAGGCUGCUGAAUCAGGCUUCCUCAUUCUACCGGAUGAGAUUUAAGAUGAUGCCCAGCAGCAGUAAUGGGAAGAAUUUGGAUCUUUCCAGGCUGACAGAUGACGAGGCCAAGCACGUCUGGCAGGUGAUCCAGAGAGAUUUCCACCUGCGAAAGAAAGAAGAGAAUAGACUAGGGGAACUCAAGACCAAAAUAAUGAAAGAGGAUACCAAGAGAGAGCUGCUGGAAUAUCAGCCUAAACUCAGCGAUUCUCUCUGCAUCCGCUGUCUGCAGCCUUUCAAAUUCCUUGUCAACAGCAAGCGCCAGUGUCUGGACUGCAAACUAUUUGUCUGCAAGUCCUGCAGCCAUUUUAACAAGAAGGACCGCGGCUGGGUUUGUGAUCCAUGCCACAUGGCCAGAAUCCUUAAGAUUGGCACUCUGGAAUGGUUCCAUGAGAAUGUACGCUCUCGCUUCAAGCGUUUUGGGAGUGCAAAGGUCAUGAAUUCUCUUUUCAAGAGGCUGAACAGUGACCGUGCCUCCUCUCAAACUGAUCUCAGAGAGCCUCGAGAUGAUGACACGCACAGCAUGCCUGAAGUUCACACUGGUUCUCUGUAUAGCCAGGAAGAUGAGCAGUCUGAGAGGGUCGACAGACGCCACUUCAGCCUGAUGAGAAAAGGCAGACGGCUACUCCCCGUUGAUCCCCUUGAUUUUAAUCUUGGCGUUGAAAACUCUGCUUAUUCUCGACCUCCUUUACUUCUGUAUUCAGGCAGCCAAGAGAAAGUAACCCAAAAUAAGGAGUCGGUAGGUGAAGACGACUGGUCCACAACCGUUAAGCAGAUCCUGGAGAAUGGAACCCAUGGUAAAGUUGAUGAGAUGAAGGACAUGUUGCAAAUCAGCCAGAGAAGUCCAGACAAACUCUCUCAUUUUGAUGACUGCACAUCACAUCUAGAACAGAGGAUGACAAAAUCUCGUUCCCUCUCCAAGAUGAGCAUUUCUUCGGCUGGCAGCUCUAACUAUCAUCUCCACCGUGAGGCUUCUUACAGCCUGGAAGACUCAGAGGAUGAUGAUGAAUCUGAGAUGCAUGUCAUAUAUAGUCCUGCCCUACAUAGGGAGCACUCACCAGAUGAGGUUCCUCCGCAGAUUAUUGAGCUCAACAAGCGUAUGUCAGCAAUCGAGGCUCUUUUGAGCCGUUUAGAGCAGAAACUGACCUUACCGGUAACUGAGGGAUCAGCAGAACAAGUUGAGCAGAAAGAGGAGGAUCUUUCUCCAGCUGACUUAGAGGAGCUUGAGCUCAGGAAAAAGCUUGAUGAACUUACAGAAAAAAUAAGUGACAAAGGUUCAUCUGAUGAGGAAGAUGCAAUGAAACACUCGGAGCACUCUCCAAAGAAACGAGGAGUUUAUCACACUCCAGUUAUAAGAGGAGCUUCAGCCGGAUUUGGAAAUGUCAGACAUGAAUGGCCUCUUGAAGUUGAGUGGAAAGCAAAGCCAAAUGUACCCAAGUCCUUAAAAAAGCAGAAGAGGGUGAGGUCCUUUGAGUUUAGCAACACAACCAGCUGUGAGUUGUCGCAACUAGAGGGUAAAGUUGCGAUGGCAGUGGCCAGCGUCCAGAGCACUCAAAGCGGGGUUACAGACAUUCAGAAAAGAAUCGCUGCUUUGAGUGCUGCAGGGAUGACAGUGGAGACAUCCCGUAGGCGGACUCCUCAGCCAUCAAGGACUAUGCAUGAAUUUCCAGUUAGAGGCAGCAAUGAAGCAAGAUCUUUACGGAAGCUGGUCAUUUGAAGCAACUUCAGCAUGCUAGUGCUCUUUCACAUAUUUGUAGUAGGCCAUGAUGGUAUACAAACUCAAAGAACAUUGACAGAUUCACUUAAAACAUAUGUGACCCUGGAGAGUCAAUUGAAAUUUAUACAUCAUCUGAAAGCUGAAUUAAUAAGCUUUCCAUUGAUAUAUGGUUGGUUGUAUCUCUGACAAUAUUUGGCCGAGAUUUGAAAAUAUAUUGAAAAUAUUGAGCAAAUCGCCUUUAAAGUUGUCCAAGUUCUUAGCAAUCAGAAAUUACGUUUUGAUAUAUUUAUAGUAGGAAAUUUACAAAAUAUCUUCAUGGAACAUGAUAUCCUAGUGAUUUUUGGCAUAAAUGAAAUAAUUAAAAAUUUUGAUAAUUUUGACCCAUACAAUGUAUUUUUGGCUGUUGCUACAAAUACACCCAUGCUACUUAGUACUGGUUUUGUGCUCCAGGGUCACAGAUUUCAUAUAUUAAUAAAAUCAGCUGCAAGUGUUUGUAGAUUUUCCAGCUUAUUAAUACUUGCUUUAAUCUCUCAGUAGAGGAGUGUAAGAUUAUUCAGAAAAACCUUGUAGCAUGUCCUGUUUCUUAGAAUAGAAAAUUUCUAUUAUGCACAUAAUAGAAAUUGUUUGCCUACACUUAUUAACUGCUGUUGUUUUGAUAAAAACUCUAUAUUUAUAAUAGUCAAUAUUUAAUAUCUUAAUUUAGAUUUCUAUGUAGUUUCUUUGGUAUAUUUCAUUAUAGUAUCUAAUAUAUUUUUCAUGUAUUAAAUGUUUGUUUUUUCUG